ACAGGAAAUCCAGCGAAUUCCUUUAAGCAAAUUCGUUGUAGUUGUUUAUCUUGGGUUAAAUUUACAAAAUCGGUUCAUUAAUUUCUAUUUUACUAACUAGGUGGCAAUGUUUUCUAUCAGCUGACUCUUCUUAAACGUCAAAUCAAGUUGUUUCCGUCACAAUUUCUAAGCAAAUUUUUUCUAUUGUGGUUGUUUUGUGGGAGUGCAGCAAUUUUUCGAUUAUUUCCAUUUCCUCAAAGUUUUUGCUUACAUGUGAAUAAACAUAAUUAAAUAAUAAGUAAUUUUAGUAUUUAGGAAUAACGAAUCAUUAUGUCAGUUGAUGCCACUGUACUUCCCUCGGAGCUGUUGGUGGCACCACAACCACUCAUUGGCUUAUGUGGCCUAGACACCAAACACAACCUUGUACACAAGGCUAUAUGGGAUGCGUUUAGCGCCAAUAGGAAAACCGACAGAGCGUCUGUGCAAUUCAAGCUUCUGCCACUCGGGUAUGAGUUUCCAGUAGCAAAGCCGAAACGCGCUUCAUACGAAUGGUAUCAACCUAAAGGUAUACUCAAACGGAAUUGGAUGUUGAAACACUUACAUGUACUUCCUGCCGUCGUGGUAUUGUUUCAAGACAUGGAACGGAAUGAUCCACAAUGGUCAGAGAAGCAAGUGCAAUGCGCUUCCGCAAUGCAAAGUCUCAAAAGCGCUCUACAGGAACGCAAUACUCGAUUGUGCCUAGUGCUGCUGCAGAAGUCAUCACCCUUGCCACCAGGUGAAGAUUUGCUAGCUUCCGAGCGAGCCGCCAGUUUAACUACAGCCUGUGGUAUCAAUAAUAAAAUGCUAUUUAUCCUGCCGCACUCUGAGCAUUUAAUGGGCUAUACACUACGCUUGGAAUCUGCUUUCCUGGAUAUGGCUCAAUCCUAUUACGCGCUCAUGUCGAAACGUGUACGCGCUCAUCGUGAUCAGCUAACUGUGGCGCACACAUCAUUGAAAAUCCGUCAUCAGUUUAAAUUAGGGUUUAUUGCAGAAAUAAGACAAGAUUUUAGUACCGGAUUAAAGCACUAUACCCAAGCUUAUGGUACACUCGAAGAGAUACGUAUUACCGAUACCAAUUGCCUUGAAAUAAAAACAAUUGCUGGGUUCCUGAAUUAUAAAUUAUGUCGGUUAAUGUUCAAGUUAAAACAGCCGCGAGACGCAAUAAACUAUUUUACAACUCAUAUAGAGAAGUACAAAAAUCGUAUAGGCUUUAAGGAUUUAAUAUUCGAACACUAUGCUUGGUUAAGCACACAACACAGUAUGUUUGCAGAUUUAUUCUGUGAGGCAAUAAAAAAUGGUUUACCUGCAUUACAAACUCAAAAUCCUGGCAUUUAUUACAAUAAAGCUGCGGAGUUUACAAUGAAGCGUAAGGAAGCGUUUCUGCAAAGUAGUGCUAUGUUAUUGAGCCCUACUGAUCCCACUACUCCAACUGGCAUGCCAAACAACAACACAAUGACAUUAUACACUGAAUACUUUGGUAUACGAGCAGUUAAAACUGGUGAUCCCAUCUCCGAGCAGCAAACCAAUACGCUUAUACGUGAGAAUGAGAAAUUAUUCAAUCACUCAAACGCAAUUAUAAAUUUACUAAGCUUAGCGCGUGCACAAUUUAAAAUUUACAAAUGUCCACGAUUUCGAAACAAACUCGCAAUCGACAUGGCCGAGGAGUACUUCAAACAUGGUGAUCAUGCUAAUGCUCUAACGCUUUACUCAGUCAUGCUGACGGAUUAUAGACGGGAGCAUUGGUCUGCAAUAUUCUCAGAUGUUUUAUUGAAAACGCUGCGUUGCGCAUUUUUAAUGGCAUCAAUUACCGACUUUAUUUCAUGCAGCAUUGAAGCGUUAUCAUUACGCGUCAAUUGCGAGCAAAAGGAGAGAAUUAUAGUGCUAGAAAACCUCUGGAAGGUUUUUAAAGGAGCUGCGCCCAUUUCUCAAGGUCAAAGUGCGCCAGAAAUCAUUGAACGUUGGGAGAAUGCGUUUCCUGCUAUAAAAUCACCGAUACCAAUUGAUAUGGAUAAGCUUACGAAACUGAUCGAAAUGUAUAUCAGUUUCGAACAUUUAGAAUUGAAGAACGACGAUACAAUUAACGUUCAACUUGUGAUUAAGCUGCUCACAGAUGUGCCCAUUAAAAUACAUCACUGUGCUAUUAUUCUAACGGAUGGCGCACGAUUUUUCAAAAUACCCGCUAGUAGAUGCAAAUCAUUCCGGAGUUUACUUGAAGUGUUUGAAAGCCGUAAGAACAAGCAGCAACAGGAAAUACAAUCACAACAUUUCGAUCCGAACUUGAAGUUGGAACCAGAUUUAUAUUAUGAACUACAUUUCUACACAGAAGCGUAUCAAUUUUUGGAAAAUACACAAUUACGUGUGACACGCAUCGAAGCGCAAAUGGGUUCAGAGAAGUUAGCUAUACAGUUAACUAAGUCAGCGUUUUUCACACGCAAUCCAUUUCGUCAUUACACACGUCGACGCGAUCUCGAUGAUAAUAUUGAAAUUAACCCAUUGUGCUAUAUUACUCCUACAUUCCAUUUGAGUACACAAUGCAACCUUGGUAAAGAAACGCAAAUGCUAGUGAACGAAUACUAUCCCAUAGCUACAACAAUAAAUAAUCCAUAUAAUGUGUUUUUGCAAAAUGUUAGCCUCAACAUUAGUGUGCCGAGUAGCUUGCGUAAUCAAGUAUUCCUUACAACAGACCUAUCACCGGGUCGCCAAAAGCUGCAUUCGCAAAUUCAAAUCGACACCGGCGAAUUAUCAAUGCAGAGCUCGAAUUCAGCAUUGUAUUAUGUCUUCAGUUUAGUGGAGACACCGAUAGCGUUGCUGCAAAAGACCUCUUACGUCAUUGACAUUCAACGGCCCAAAACGGCAUCCACAAUGACACAACUCGAAAGCGGCUCGGCCAAUAGCGCCGAAAGCUCACCUGAAAAUAUACGAAACUUCAUUCCACCAACUGAUAUCCGACCACUUACCGUUUCACCGCCUGUCCAAAUUGAAUUCCUAGAUGAGAGCCGACUGCGCAAGACGCGUGAAGAUACAAUUAAUAUUGAAUGUGCGCUGGACUUCCGGUUCUCAGCGCGUUUUUACACGCUCAGCAAGCGGCCGCUGACGAAAGUCUAUCGUGGCGAGAAUUUCUUACUGCGCGCCAACAUCGAAGUGCGUUCGCCGGUCGAUAUUGAUAUACUCGAAACGUAUUUCAUUUGUGAUCACAAUCUCGUGCAAUCGACCUACAGCUUUAAGAGGAAAAAGUUUACGCAGACCUAUCGCAGUCGCGAUAAACUAGAGGACGUAAUCACACUGCGCACAAAUGCAGCGUCCAACGACUGGAUAACCUCUAAAGAUUUCGAACGCACCAAAAGUGGAGAUGGCAUACAAUCGGAGCUCUUCAGUCGUUCACGGCACGCGCGCAAACUGAAUGCCAUUAAAAAUAUGGCACGCGACGGCGUUGUGGGUGAUGCAAUUGAUGUCGCUGCCAGUGCGCACAUGAAUAAGCAUCUCAUGGGCAAGAUACCCAACAACAUGACAAUAAUAAAUAACAAUGCCGGUUCGGCGAACUCACUGCUGUUGGCGGCGAACUCACACUCCUCAAUGACGGCGUCGAGCUCUUCCUUUGAUGAGAAAUUCAACUCAACCCAGGCUGGUACUGUCACUGAUGGCGACAAUGUUGAUACCUCGUUGGCAAACACAGCGUCUGUGCGUGCAUUAAAUCCACGUGUCGUCUUUAAUAAAGCAAUAGAAGCUAUUCAAGCUACCGGUCACUGUCGUGGCUUUUUCAAGCGUAUCGUUACGACAGAACCCGAAACGCAAGCAAUAACAGCGCACCAGCAACAGCAACCGAAUUUCGGUGUUUACUGUAUUAGAUGGCGGCGUAGUGGUCGUAAGGAAGAGAACGAAUCGAAAUUCCUUAUACACGGCUUGGACAUAGAGGAGCCACCGUUGAAUAUCUACUGCACCAUUGAGGAGAAAAUGUUCGUGAAAAUGCCGAUGACCUACAAGGUUGUACUGCGUAAUCCCACCUCAAAUGUAUUGCAUUUGGUAGCUACACUGAGCAUUAGUAUAGCGGAUAACUUCAUUUGUUCGGGUCACAAACAGCUCGAUAUCUCCAUAUAUGCCUAUAGUGAAAAGGAGUUAGUAUACAAUUUGUAUCCACUUUGCGUUGGAUGGGUGAAUUUGCCAGAGUUGACACUGGAAUACAACACCAAGGCGGAUCCCAGCAAGAAUGAUUCGCAUAAUACGGUACUCAGCGAAUUGGUACAACGCUCCAUACCGAAGAAGGUGUUUGUAUUGCCACCACUGAAACAACAACUAAAAUAAAUAUGGAUUGCAGUGUAAUUAGUGUUUAGUCCAAAAGGACUGUUUGUUUAAUAAAUAUUUAAGAUAAAUAGUUUCAGAAUGUAGGAAAUAUGGAGUUUAGACAUUUAUACCACACAGAGAAAGAAGGUUUGAUAUUCACAAUUAGGAUAUCGUAUUUGAUAAAAAUAAAAAAAUGUUCAAAAUUAUUGAAAUAUAGUAAUUCUAAAGCAAUUUUACUAUAAUGUCUAUUAAAAAUGUUGAAUUAGUGAACAAUAUACGAAACCCUACACGCAUAGAUACGACAUUUAAUAGCCAUUUAAAUAGUAUAUUUUACAUGUUCGCAUAGCAUUUUGUCUAUUUUGUUAUAAUACAUUAAUAAUAAUUAUUUCGUUUUCCCUCUUUUUACUUCGUAUGUGAAAGGAUUAAUUCAGAAUACAUAAAGUGUGCUAAUACAUUAUUUAAUAAUUAUUGUAGUAGUUUGUAAAGGAUGAUAUGGUACAAUCGUUCGUACUAGCAUUAUAAUGUUGUAUGUGUAUAAUACUUAAUUUUAACUUUUAUCUGUGUUAAAGAAAAUCUGAAUUCACAUUAUUAUUAUAACUACAAUAAAUA